UAUAUUCAUUUAUAUUUAUGUAUAUAUCAGCGCGCACAUAUAUGUACAUAAAUUUAACAAUCUACAACCAAUAUUAAAAUAGGGAUUAAAAUUGAUUUGGUGAUCAAUAAGAAUAAGUACCAUACAUACAUAUACUGAAAAAACAAAGGUGCAAUGUCUAUUUCCGAGGAAGAAUCUUUCGUGAUUCUGGGUAGCUCACCGAUGCCAUCAAUUUGCGCAGAUGGAAACUCCCUGCUACGCGAUGCACUUGAAAAAGAAAAGGAAACUAAAGAGGCUUCUGUAGAACAGGCAGAAAAUAUUCUUAUAACAUCGAACCAAUUAAGCGCAAGCACAAUUGGAGCAAAGGUCAGUGAAACCACUUCGAUUCAUACAAAUGGUUCAGCCGAACCCAGCUUGGCUGCCAGCUUCCUACUGGGCGAAGUGCCCGCAGACGUUUUAAAGAAUAGCGUAUAUUCACAAUUUCCCAGCCUCUGUUCUAUGGAGGCCUGCGCUGAGGAUGUUGUAAAGCUUCAGAACAUGAUGACCGAAUAUGUUGCCCUCAAACAAACUUUGGACAAGGUUCAUCACACCAUGCAAGAUUACUACAAAAUUACACAGCAAUGGCGGCAAGAUGCAGCCUCAAGGGAGCAACAAUAUAAGGAGCAAUUAGAACUCUGUCAGGCGCAAAUCGAUAAAUUGAAAAAAGAAAACCAGACACUAAAAAAUGACAUAAGCGCAAAUUUGAAUCAGUUGCAAGUGGUCGAGGAAAUACAACAAAAGGAAAACGAUGACCUCAGACAAAGCAUAUCUGAGAAAAAUUCGCUAAUACAAAAUAUGCGUGUCGAAAUUGAUAAAUUGGCACAGCAACAGUUGCAAUCCUACGAGGUUGUGCCACCUGAAGGGGAACCCCAAAUCCGACCAACUGUCGAUUUUAUUAAAAGAGAAGAGCACGACCGUAUAACAAAGGAUUUGCAGCGGGAAAUGUCCAGAUUAUUGGCGGAAAAUUUAGAAGUUAAGGAAAUGCAAAAAAUAUAUUUGGAUGAGAUAAACUGUUUGAAGGUUAAUUUAACCAGUUACGAAGAGAUUUUGAAUAAAACAAAUGAGGAAUUAAGGAACUUAAAUUUAAAAGACGCCCAAAAACAGGAUGAAAUCACACAUUUGCAGACACAGGUUGAGAUCUACCGGCGAGAUUUUGAAAUGGAAAGAGCUGAUCGUGAAAAGAAUGCAGGAGAAAAGGAGCAGUAUUUGCAAGAUUUGCGUGCCCUACAACGACGCAACCAGGAGCUAAUCGAAGCGCUUUCUAAAGCAAAGGACAGCAACUCAGACGUCAUCUCUACAGUAAACAGGAGUAGCCUACGGGACGACCAGCGACCAAUAAGAGUUUUGGAUCCGACUGGGGCGGCGGCUAAGACAUCAGAGAGCGUCUCUCGCUGCCCUAUAUGCUCGAAAUCGUUUAACUCGCUGUCUACGCUACAAACCCAUGUAAACGAUUGCUUGGACAAGAGUUAAACCCAUGUUAUAAGAUAAACGAUCUAUUUGUUAAUAAAUUGUAGUGUUGUAUAAACAAG